AUGUCCACCAACGCUACUCCGACCUCCCACCAGACGGCCUUCGCAGUGGGAAAUCCGUACACAUAUUACGACAUCUUGCAACUUGCACGCGGCGGAGCGGAAGGCAGCAACUUUCCCAAAGAUGGGAUCAAGGCAGCAUACCGCCGCGCCUUACUUCUCCAUCACCCAGACAAAACUUCCCACACUUCCGUAGAGCCAUCGAGCAGCAGUCAAACACAGCCACCGACACCGAAAUACUCCAUUGACGAGAUCGUCUCCGCAUAUGAGGUGCUCUCCGACUCGAAGAAACGAGCUGAAUAUGAUAAAGCUCUAAAGCGCAAUGAGAAAGACAUGCAAGGUCAGCAUAGAACACACAUUGGGAUAGAAAUGUAUGAUCUGGAAGAUUUGGUCUAUGAUGAGGACAAAGAUAUUUGGUCCAAAGGGUGCCGAUGUGGCGAUGAGCAUGGCUACAUCUUGACGGUGCUAGAUCUCGAAAACGAGAGCCAACACGGAGAGGUCUAUGUCGGGUGCCGUGGGUGCAGUCUCUUUAUCAAGGUCUUGUUUGCCAUGGACGAAGGUUGA